CGGGAAUGCUUCGAGUGGGACGAGUAUAAAAGUUUAAGAAUGGCGGUGAUCCUACAAGUCGAGUUGUCGAUUGUGAACCUUUGUACAGACAGCAGGGGAGAUGCGGCUGCCGAUAGCGAAGCUGUUGUUGGUGUUCGGGUGUGUUGGAGUUAGCUGGGCUAACAACGGAUAUGGCUACCUCCCUCCGGAUAUUCCCUUCCAACCGGAUCCAUCUGGACCCGACGGUUCAUUUGUAGGAUUCCCGACACCGCCCCCCCGACCAACACCUCCCCCGCAGCUCACUAUUCCAUCAAGGCCUCCGACUCAGCCUCCUACACGCCCACCAACUCAGCCACCUACACGCCCACCAACUCAGCCACCUACACGCCCACCAACUCAGCCACCUACACGCCCACCAACUCAGCCACCUACACGCCCACCAACUCAGCCACCUACACGCCCUCCAACUCGGCCACCAACUCAGCCACCUACACGCCCACCAACUCAGCCACCUACACGCCCUCCAACUCGGCCACCAACUCAGCCACCUACAGGCCCACCAACUCGGCCACCUACAGGCCCACCAACUCAGCCUCCUACACGCCCCCCAACUCAGCCACCAACACGCCCUCCAACACCUCCUGACGACCACCAUCAUCACGAUGAUCAUCAUCACCACCACCACAGCGACGACCCUCUGCAGUGGCUCAGAGACUCGGUCCCAGGAGAACCAGGUGACGACUACCCGAUCUUCGGAUGGCCCAUCCCUCAGACGGCGUUUACCUGCUCCGGAAAAGUCUCAGGCUUCUACGCUGACCUCGAGACCCGAUGCCAGGUGUUCCACGUGUGUAACCCCGACGGCUUCGGAGAUAUGACCGGCAUCAAAUUCCUGUGCCCCAACGGCACCAUCUUCAAUCAGGAGCACUUCACCUGCGAGUGGUGGAACCAGGUAUCCUGCGGCAGCGCCGAAUCUUUCUAUAACCUCAAUAACGAAAUCGGCAUCGUUCCCGAAAACAGUCCCUACAGACCAACACCUGGCUCUCCUUCUUUCCAAGUCCCAGUAACAGUGGCGUCACCAAACAUCAUCCGUCCUGAGGCACCGCGACAACCAGCACCACAGCCCGCCCCUCGCCCACGCCCUCGCCCUACGCCCGGCAUCCCAGCUGCUCCGCAACCAUUCGUCCCGGUGCAGCCUCAAACUCCAGUUCAGCCACAGCCACAGCCGCAGCCGCAGCAACCAUCAUUCCGCCCGCAGCCACAACCCACCACCUUCCGGCCAUCACCAGCUGCCUCUCAGCAACAGCCUGUGGCGGGGUAUCCCUCUCAGCCCGAUCCCCCGAACGCUCUUUACACCACUCCCGAGUGGGGAAGAAGGCAGAACUAAAGGAAUGAACGAAAUCCAUCGCGACGAAAAUAGAGAAUGAUAGAGAGAAAGAGCACGUCAGCAAACACUUCACUUUUUAUUAUCGAAUAUGAACUUACUGAAGCCGGACACUGAAGCAGGUCUCGUGUUGGCGCUUCUUGCAGACUCUUGGCUUUCUUCAGUCCAAAAAAACUCUCCGGAAAAACAAUAGCAAACCAAUCUCCACUGAAUAGUAUUAUUUUGUCUCUAAACUCUACUUGUUAGUUUCCAGCGUUACCUGACAUUUCCUCUGGGAUGCGACCGAUGGACAUACCUCACCACUUCCCUUAGACUUCAACUGUAAAUUUUUAUCUCUCAUUAUCCUCUUCAACAACGCGAUUGAAAUACUCUGUUUGACUUCGUCCCCUCACACCCAAAAUUUUAUAUGCCUGGCCUGGUGCCACUGGGCUAAAUUAACACUAAACUUCAAAUGUAUAAACAGUUGUACACAGAAUCUUUGUAAUUAAACUGAUACAUAUUUACACAUGAUCAAAGUGACGGAUUUAUUCGACACACAACAAAAUACAUUGCUCCUCGACUCUUGGAAUGUCAGAUGUUGGUUAUGGGCAGUUUCUUUUCCCUUCGACUUUACUAUCGAUUCAUUUGAUCUUGUAACGAGAGGUCUAUACUGUCUUUGUGAAAACAAACGGGGUUCUAAUUCCUUUUUACUUACAUUCAUGAAUAAAAACUGUGAUAAAAAAAAUAUAUACAAAACGAAACGAUUGUCCUGGUUUGACUCAUCGUGUAUAAAGGAAAGAUAUAGCAUAUUUUUAUAGCACGUUUAAGGAUAGAUACCAGCGUAUGAUAAAGAUUCCAGCAGUUGUCGGAUGGAAUUCGAUACGAUAUUGAAGUAAUGUAUCCAUAACAUAAAAAAUAAGUACGGUACAUCAAUAUCAUAAAGACUUCCACAGAAGGUUAAUGAAAUCUAAAAGAAAUGCUUCCUGCUAUGUCUGAUUGGAUUGUGUACAGUGCUGGGAGUGCUUGUAAUGUAGUAACAAUAUAUAGUCAAAUAAAUCUUGAGUUACGAAA